CCCGCCCCUCACUGACCCUCCACUCGGACACACUCAACAAGCAACAAGCUUCACCCUCUCUCUCUCUCACACUCACAUCGUGUGGAAUUAAAAAAGGAAGACCUUUUAACACUUGAAUCCUCGAGGUUUUUCUUCUUCUUGGCAGGGAAGAUGGGGAGCGUGUAUAAGGAUGACCAGGAUGACUGGGUUACCGUUUGUCUCAAAUACCUUCUUUUCGUCUUCAACUUCCUGUUCUGGAUGGGUGGAGGGGUCGUGAUGGGGGUGGGGAUUUGGACUCUGAUUGAUAAAGGAGAUUAUUUGAGCCUGCUGGCCUCCAGCACGUUCGCCGUGUCAGCAUAUAUCCUCCUGCUGGCUGGUGGCCUGGUCAUGGUCACGGGCUUCCUGGGCUGCUGUGCCGUCAUCCGCGAGCAGAGGAGCCUACUUUCUACGUACUUCUCGUGUUUGCUGGUGAUAUUCCUGAUCGAACUUGUUGCUGGAGUUCUAGCAUAUGUGUAUUAUCAAAGGUUGAGUGAGGAGCUGAAGCAGCACCUGAGUAAGACAAUGAUGGAGAACUACGCUCAGCCGGGGAAGGAGGGCAUCACUCAGGCAGUGGACCGACUGCAGCAGGACUUUAAUUGCUGUGGAAGCAACAACUCCUUCGAUUGGCAGCACAGCGUGUACGUCAUGUCCCCGGAGUCUGAAAACAGGGUGGUUCCUGACAGCUGCUGCAAGACCGUGACUGAUCGCUGUGGCCAGAGAGACCAUCCUUCCAACAUCUAUAAAGUGGAGGGUGGCUGUAUUACUAAGCUGGAACAGUUCCUGGCUGACCACCUGCUCAUCAUCGGUGCUGUAGGGAUCGGUGUGGCCUGUCUACAGUUAGCAGGAGCACUGUUGACUGCCUGCUUUAUUUAUCUGCUUUAUAAAGAAGAAGAAGAGGAUUUCUCUGAUGUUUGAUUGAACAGUCCCUUUAUUUGGCUCCUCAACAGCCAAGUUGGCGGAAGAUCUGUGGGAUGGUGUUUACUUAUUGCUUGCACAGAAGGAUAAAGCUCGACCCGUACUGACCGAUCAGCAGGAGCGCUACGGGUUGCCUCAACUGCUUACUGCCAGUCCACACACUCGGUUUUUCAUUCCUCCUUUUCUUUUCCUAAACUGCAUGAAUGUGUUCUCCUUCCAGUGUACUCUUACAUGAAUGUCUUAUUCCUUUAACCUUCUAUUAAUAUAUUAUUCAUUCAAUUAUUAAUAUAUUUUCUCCAAGGAUUUUGCCGCUGUAGGAAGCAAUGUGGAAGUCUCAGCAAGAAUGUAAUGGAGUUACAAGCUAGUAUCCCAAUUACACACAAAAGAGGCUUUUUAUAAUCUUAAAGAAAAAAAAGCUUCUUUUUUUUUCUUUUCAGAAAAGAAAAAAAAACAGAAUCUAUUUUUCCCUCUGUGAGCACUGUGUAUGGUUAACUCUGUAUUUGUAACCGGUUUAAGCUGCUACCUUUAUGCAACUAGAUGUAUUUUAUUUUUCUUGAGCUUAAUGUACAUAAAGCAUAUAAAGGUCAUUUGAUGCAGUCAAAAGUAUUUUAGCAUUUUCACAUGAACUAUGAAUAAUAGGUGUAGUAGCAUAUGUUCUGUUAACACAAUGUGCACUGAGAGCCUUGAAAAAAGCUAAUGAGAAGUUAAAAAUAAAACAGGGAUGGACUAUAGCAAACUCUGUAAGCACCCUAUGGAACCUUGUGUAAGAAUUCACCCCACUUAAAAUAUUCCUCAUUUUGUAGUGUUUACACUGUGAACCUGGAUUUGACUUAAUUGGGAUUUUUACCAUUUAAUUGAAACAAUAUAUCUAACAUUCGUAAGUGCAAAAUGGUCUUUCAUUUUGACACAAAGGUUUUAAAAAAACAAAAACAACACAAGCAAAGAUUUGUUAGUUACAUAAGUAUUCACCCCACUGGGUCAGUACUAGCUUGAGCCACCUUUAGCUGCAAGUCUUCUGGGAUAUGUCUCUUAUAAGCUUUGUACAUCUGGAUCCUGGUAUUUUUGCUCAUUAUUCUUGGCAAAAUUGCUCAAGCUCAGUCAGAGGCACCUGGCAUUUUUAAUUUUUGCCACAGAUUCUCUAUCAGAUCGAGCUCUGGGCUUUGAGUUGAUCACUUUUAACACAUUCAGGUUCUUGUUGUUGAACCGCUUCAGUGCUCCUUUAUAAUCCUUGUCCACUUGGAAGGUUUUCUUCAAGGAUUGCCCUGUAUUUGGCUCCAUCCAUCCUGCCUUCAGCGUUGAGCAGUUUUCCAAUCCCUGCACAGGGAACAUUAUGCCACCGACACCAUGCUUCACAGUGGCAAUCAGAGUGAUGAUCAGUCUUGAAAUUCUACCAAAGAUAUGAUCUUACCCCUUUUAAGUCCAUAACAUUUCCAAGAUGUAACACUGCAUAAUGUGGAAAAGCUCAGGGGUGGUACAAGACACUGUAUUUAACAAGUAGCAUUCCCAAGACACACAUAUAUUUGGAAAUAUAGAGCUCUUAUUUUCACUGGCUGCUUUCUUAACAUAGCUUGUUUGAAACCUGUUCCAUGUUUCUUGUAAUCUUUCUAAUGUCAUGUGCCAGCUGUUUGUAAGCUUCUCUGUCCGUAUAUUUUUUUAUUAUCUCCAAUUCAGACAUCAGGUGCUCAAACAGAGCACUGAUAACUGAUGCAUUAAACUGCAGGAGUGAACUUUUCUUAUCUUUUCAAAGAGGCCUUUAACACACAGCUGCCUUUGAUAUUAGAGCUUUAAGGGCUGCAAAGCUUCAGAGGUUUUGAGGUGUUACAUACAUGCAAGUCAUUAAGUCUCCAUCAAUUAUUGAAGCAAAUAUGUACCAUAAAAGAUCAAAUUCAAAAGAAUUUUGAGCCACUGCUUAAUGUGGUUACCAUAACAACCUCCAUCUCAUUGAAGUUCAGUGCCAUUGGUGGAAAUAAUGCAAUCUUUGCAUUUUAUUAUCAGCAGUUGACGUUUUAAGCUACUACUUUUUAUUUGGUUUGUAUAUGCAGUAUAUUUGUAUGUAAAUGCAUAUUAAGGCACUUGGGUGGAUGGUGCAAAAAAUAAUCUCUGCAUGUCAGAUGUCUGACUAUGUUUCAUUUCACUGGUUUAUCACUUAUUCAGCUAGAUACUAUAACACUAUAUUGUAAUACUAUGAUAUCUGUCCAAUAUGUCAUAUAUUUGUUGCCUAGAUGCCUUUAGACAAAUAUGUGCCUCUUUCAAAAGACUGCAGAUGUAGCAAUGGCAUGUACUGUAUAGGUGUGCAUACUGAUCCUUGUUACUGAAAAUAAAAUGAUUUGGGGAUAAAUCUGCUAAAUACAAAUGUAGUGUUUUUAUGUUGA